AUGGCUCCAACCAAGAAGUCUACUUCCAAAGCCGACGCUUCCUCCUCUGCAGCAAACAGUCCCUCUUCCUCCGCAACAAACAACCACUCCUCUGCCAUCACCACCAACACCUCCACCACAGAAGUAUCCAACACCAAUAUCAACAGCAACAGCUCCGGCCCAACUCCAACCGCAGCCAGCCGCUCUUCCUCUGGAGCACUCGACCACAUCAGGGAGAAUGCCGAACGACUGCGUGAGAGACUCGCGGAGGGAUCGAGCAUCCGGGGAGAACCCGACCCCUUGGACUCGGAUCUCGAACAAAUGCGUAUAACAUUGAUGGCGGAGCUGAAGCCGGACCGCCCACUCUCACCAGUGACCCUUGACGAAAGGGCUAUGGUGUCUGCCAUCCAGAUGAGGAUUGAAGCCAACCCAAAUCACCGGCUUACACUCGACGCGGCGGAGAUGCGCGCUAUGGCAAAGACGAUUGAGUCGCUUCAAGGUCGCAGGCCUGUCCUAGAGUGGCUGUUUGAACGGCCUUGA